CAUCACCCCCACCGCCGCCGCCACCACCACCACCUUUCUCACAAGCGACGAGAGAGCGAACCGAGCGAAAGGCGGGUCUUGUGGUUGCUCGCGCCGGGGCUGAAAGAAGGGCUUGACCGGGCUAACGACGCAGGAGCCGAGCCACAGCUGCUUGCGUCGAAGCUGGACCCGAGGCGGACAGGAGGCAAAGGAGCUGUGAAACCGUCAGACACCACUGCGUCCGCAGAAAGUUUGGACCUCGUGGUGGAGGAGCAAUCCCCAGGGCCUGCUGCGUCAUUCGGUAAGUUCCAUGGAGAAUCCAAGUCCCUUGUUGAGCCCUCGCGAGGCCAUCUGAGCAACGCCGAGAGAGCGACCUCUGACCUCGCUCGUGGAGUCGCCGCCGCCGCUGCUGCUGCCGGCUGCCAACAUGGACAUCAACUCGGCUGGCAUGUCCAGGAUCGAUGUGCAGGAGAACAGCAAGCCGACCGUCAAUUGCAACGGGAACACCGCCGGCAUGCAAGAUUACAUGCAUCCGUCCUCGCUGCAGUGUCGGCUGGUGCAGCAGCAGCAUCAUCACCAUCAGCAUUCGCUCCCCGACAUCCCAGCCAGUCCCCCCGAAGACGUCGACUCCUCGCCAGGCCCCGCGAGCCAAGACUUCGGGGGAAUGCCGACGGGGUUGCCACACUUCCCCGACUACUCGUCUGUAAUCUCGGCCGACAGCUUCCUUAGAAAUCAUAAUCCAAAAGGACCUGUCUCUCUGGAGCAGCAGAUAGCGAGCUCGCUGAAACCGAGGGAAGAGCUGGAAGAUGAUGAACUACCCUUUGGCUGGGAGAAGGUCGAUGACCCAGAAUAUGGCGUGUAUUAUGUAGAUCAUAUCAACAGAAAAACUCAGUUUGAAAAUCCUGUGGCUGAAGAAAAGAAUACCAAAUUGCAGCAGUUACAAGAUAGUGUAUCCAAAGCUUUAAACUCGUACACACCUGAGGCUUACCCGUCUUUCGAGUGCCAAGCGGAGGGAUAUUUGUUACACAAUUCGUUUCCGUGCGGCGGUGCCCACCAGCAAGCGGAGUCCAAGCCAAGGCCAUCGGGGAAGGCGUUUUUCACGCGGAACCCGGCCGAGCUGCAGGGCACCUUCGUGUCGACGUCGCUGCUCAAGAGCGGCCGCGGCUUCGGCUUCACGAUCAUCGGCGGGGACGAGCCCGACGAGUUCCUGCAGGUCAAGAGCCUCGUGCCGGACGGACCGGCGGCCGUCGACAGCAAGAUCGAGACCGGGGACGUGAUCGUCUCGGUGAACAGCACGUGCGUGCUGGGCUACACACAUGCGGAGGUGGUGAAGAUCUUCCAGGCCAUCCCCAUCGGCCAGCAGGUCGGCCUGCAGCUGUGCCGCGGCUACCCGCUGCCCUUUGACCCUGACGACCCCUCGACGACCCUCGUCACGUCGGUGGCCAUCUGUGACAAGGAGCCCGUCGUGCUGGAGGGGGGGAAGGGCACCGGCGGCGUCGUCUGCGGCGGCGGCGGAGGCCUCGGCCUGACCGACGGCGCCAACAACGGCAACCACCACGCGUCGCAGACGUCCACGUCGGGAGUGAGCUCGCAGGACAGCACGCGCGACAACUGCUCGCUCACGCUGGGGCCACUGGACGGGAUGCUGGGCCAGGCGGCGGCAUCCCUGGGGGCGGUUCCCGGUGCCCAGGGGCAGCUCCAAGGGCCGCUGCUGCACUCGGACAAUGUGUCGCUGGCGUCCUCCAUCGCCACACAGCCCGAGCUCAUGACCGUGCACAUAGUGAAGGGCCUGCUGGGCUUCGGCUUCACCAUCACGGACACGCCGGCGGGCCAGCGCGUCAAGCAGAUCCUGGACGGCCCUCGCUGCCGAGGCCUCCGGGAGGGGGACAUCAUCGCCGAGAUCAACAAGCAGAACGUGCGGCCGCUUUCGCACACGCACGUCGUGGAACUGCUCAAGGAGUGCCCCACGGGCAGCGAGACCAUCGUCACGAUCCACCGCGAGGGAUAUUACUCUCCGAGAACAUCUAAUCAGGUGACGGAGAGGCUAAAAAACCAGGCGUGUCCCCAGUACGGCCUGCCCCCGCUGAGGAUAGCGCCGCCCACCGUCCCACCCAUGGCCCCACCCCUCGGCCUCAUGAAGCCCUCCGCCUCGCCCUCGCAUUCGGACGGGCAGGAGCGCCGGGGGGGGCUGGGCCCGCAGCACUACGAGGAGGCGGCGGUGACCUACGACUUCCGAUCUCCCGAGUACGAAGAGAUGGACGUCUUGCUGCAGAGGCAGGAGUCCGGCUUCGGAUUCCGCAUCCUCGGUGGCGACGACCCAGGAGAGCCGAUCUACAUUGGCGCCAUCGUGCCGCUGGGGGCGGCCGACACGGACGGGAGACUCCGCCCGGGGGACGAGCUGGUCUCCGUGGACGGAACCAUCGUCGCGGGGAAGUCGCACCGGCACGUCAUCGCUCUGAUGCAGCACGCCGCACGCAACGGGCAUGUGCAGCUCAUGGUCCGCCGGCCCGUCAUCCCCACGAUUGGCGGCGAGGCGCACGGCGGCUUCUGCAGCUCCUCGUCGUCCGCGUCGCAGCACAACUCCCCGCGCAUCGAGCAGGCGGCCGCCUUCAUGCGCAAGCUCAAGUUCGGCGGCGGCGGUGGUGGCGGGAGCGGCGGCAGCGGCGGCAGCGGCAGCAGCAUCGGCGGCCCGCCGCCUCUCUGCGCCGCGCCGCCGCCUCUGCCCCCUUUGCCGCCGGCGCUGCCCCCGCCGCCGCUGCCCGUGCUGGACCCGUACCUGCGGCGGGCGUUCGGAGCAGGGAUGGCGCCGGCGUCGUCGGCGCUUCCGCUCCUGAGCAGCGGCGCCCCGGGCUCGGCGCCGUGCCUCUCCACGUCGAGCGGCCGCGGCGGCAACGGCGGCAAUGGCAACGGCGGCGGCGGCGACAACGGCGGCGGCUGCUUCCCGGAGACGUUCUCGCCGCUCGCGUCUCGCCUGGCGUACGACGGCUGCGGGGCGGCGAGGGCGGCCGGCGUGAACCCGGCGUCGGAGCCGUGCCUGCUGCACCCGAGCCUGCAGGAGUUCGAGCGCGGCGGCCGGGCGGUGGCGGGCGCGGCGCAGGAAGGGGCGUCGGAAGGGGCGCCGGGAGGAGCGGGCGACGGCGCCAGGACGCUGCCGGAGGCGGCGGGCGCGGCCAACGGGGAGGCGCGGGCGAGCGUGGCGACGGCCGCGGCCGUGGCGGCGGCGGCUGUCAUCUCGACGGAGGGGUUCCCGUCGUCGGUCGGGAGGCUCACGUACGACGUGACCAUCCAGAGGAACGACAACGAGGGCUUCGGCUUCGUCAUCGUGUCGUCGCUCAGCCGGCCCGAGGCUGGCACCAUCGUGGGGAUGCCUCACCUGGUAGGUCGCAUCAUCGCGGCCAGCCCCGCCGACCGGUGCGGCCGAUUGCGCGUGGGCGACCGUAUCCUGUCGGUGAACGGGCAGCCCAUCCAGGGCCUGUCGCACGCCGACAUCAUCAACCUCAUCAAGGACUCAGGGACCAGCGUAACGCUCUGCAUCUCGUCGCCGGACGAAUCGCAAAAGCUGCCGUCACUUGUGAACGCGGAGAAGAUUGCCACCGUUGCGCCCAACAACCAAACGACUGCCCAAGAGGGAAGUUUGUUUGACAGAUUUGAAGUUCGGGGAAGGCAGGACAUCAAGCCCGACAUGAACCCUGGACAGGAAGCAGAGUACUACUCUGUAGACCUGGAAAAGGGCCUCAAGGGAUUCGGGUUCAGCCUGCGUGGUGGCCACGAGUACAACAUGGAUCUCUUUAUCCUGAGGUUGGCCGAGGACGGCCCAGCCAUACGCACCGGCAAGCUGAGGGUCGGCGACCAGAUCAUCGAGAUCGACGGGGAGAGCACCAAGGACAUGACGCACGCCCGCGCCAUCGAGCUCAUCAAGAACAGCAGCGGCCGCGUGCAUCUCUUUCUCAAGCGGGGCACGGGCCUCGUGCCCGACUACGGUGGGGACGGCGAUGUCUGGCGAAGUCCCACCACCGGGGCUCCCUACGCGUCCGUUCCCGAAGUGAAUUCAGCGAUGCGCUAAAGGGGGAUCGGGGGGGACGAGCGACAGACAGUGACAGCGCAACCGCCCGUCCGACGACAACGACCACGACACCACGACACUCCGCCAGCGGGGCCCGAUACAACAAGGCCCGAAAGAGUUUUUGACAUCUGCGUCUAUCGCUCAAGCUUGCCCUAGAGUAGGAGGAAAAGAGAAGGAACAAGAUGAAAACAGUAUAUAUUGUACAAAUAAAAACAAAGUAAUUUAUUGGUACAACAGGAUUGUUUCAGGGAAGUCAGUUUCGGAGCCGAUGUACGGUUUGCACAGACGUAUCAGAAGAAUCGUGAUUUGCCGGAAAUUGACCCGAUUACCGUUGUGUUCACUGGCAAAAGUGUACGAGGAACGAGGAGAAUCCGUCGAGAUACACAGUGGAGAGAGAUUUACGUAGAGGGGUGAGCAAAUAUAUUUUUUUUCUUUCCACUUUCCCUUGGGGCAAGAUGGACCGGGGGGGGACAAUGUACAUCACCGUCAAAAAACCGAGGGACGAGGAGAAAAACAAACGACGCAAAGACUCCCGAACGAAGAUGCUUCACGUCUUCGUUUUUAAGACGUGACUUUUUUUCAGUAGCCCGAGCUAAUCUUUUACGUUCUUUUACCUUACCAGUGCCUGUGGCAGAGGGACAACACAACAACGAGAACUUGAAUGAAACAAACUAUAGAGGUCAACUCGCUAUACUGUCAAGUAAACAUUGCUGUUAUAUCUGGUUCGUCAGCUGGAAUACAUAUCCCCGUCUUCAAGUGUGGCUAUUGAACACCAGUAGCUGAUAAUUAAAAAAAAAACCUCUAAUUUCCUUGAUCUGAUAGGGAUUAAACAUUGUUACAACUGUGUCUCCUUUUGAAGGCUACAGUUUCUCAAAAAGAUCUGGUUUCUCACCUGACCUUCGGUAUUUUCAAAUGUAAACACGUGCGAGGUUGUGUUUCCAGCGCACCGUGGAGAAUGAGUUUGCGUAGACGUGGAAAUAAAGCAUUAAAAUGUAUUAAAGUCGGUUAGGUCCAUAAUUGUGACCAUAUUUAGCAUGUGGUACACAUUACUGGGCAGGGCGGGGGGGGUAAAAGUUGUAUAUUUUUUAAUCCUUUAACAUCUCACUUUGAACAUCGAUGAGUACCACAUCAGUGUUUUUUUUUUCGAGGAGGCAUGGAAAAACUUGCUGCUGGAUUAAUAUUCACAUCUAAUCUCUUCUGAUAGUGUUGGACAAUUUCACCUUUGGCGAUGGGUCAUUUGUCAUAAUGGUUAAGCCAGCGUUACUAAAAAAAACACAUUAAAUGUAAAUAGCAAAUGCCUUUCGUUUGGUACGUUUACCACAAGCGAUGUGAUCACAUUCAUUACCUACAGGAUUAUUUUUCAUAUUGUUUCUACGAGGAACAAAUGAUCCGAUUGAUGAAAAUAUUCGAAAGCGAGGUCAUAAUUUGUACACACUUCUUGAAGUCUGUUCAUGUUCUGUUGAUUUUUUUGCACCGAAAAGCCAGGGUUAAAACAUGGGUUUUUUUGACACGUGACCGCAGUUACCAACACCUCAUUAUUGUUUGUGAGCUUGGUUAAUUGCAAUAUGUCCGAGCGAGCUUGGCUAUCGUCAAAAAAACUGUUUUGUCAUACGUUGGAUAACCCGUCCUAUUUCAUUUCACAGUGUGGGCUUUGCAUUGUGGAGCUGCACAUAUUAUCGUGCAUUGUUUACCAAUAGGCCAAGACCAUUAACAAAUCAUUAGAAUCACUGAAAAAUCGUUUUGUUCACUCGUGUAGUCGUGGACGUAGCAGACACUUGACAUUCUUAACCGGAUUAAAAUGUGCAAACAGUUAUUUUGUGUAAUAAAAAUGUACAAACUUUUGUUUUAAGUUAUAAAGUGGUUUUUCUUCACGAGUAUAUUAUUGUCCCUGGUAAUGUGAUUGCCAAAAUGUGAAAUACAAACCCACUCCAUGAU